UUUGAUGAGCUAUUCCAAUGAAAAUCUGACGCUAGAAGAGCUUCAAGAGGCACAUGCACUCAAGGAAGCCGAGGAGAUUUCAGAGAUUUUAAGAAUCAAGAUCGAAGUAUGCAUCUACGUAAUCGUAUUCUUCAUUGGUGGCCCAUUGAAUCUCAUGGCUCUCUCCAGAUCUCUCCGUGCCUUCUCAAGAACUCACAAAGCGAAAAGCCAAAUCCUCCUUCUCCGAAUAACGCUUAAUCUAGCCGAUUUGAUGACUCUCUUCCUUUAUGUCCCAAAACAAAUCAUCUGGCUUAUCACAUAUCAAUGGUAUGGCGGAGAGUUUUUGUGCAGAGCCUGUGCCUUCUUCUCCACGUUCUCCUUUUAUCUCAACUCUUUUGUGAUCGCGUGUAUUGCAAUUGAUCGAGUGUUUGGAGCCUAUAACAUAAGCUCUUUGAAUGCUCAUCGGAAAGCUUACAUCAGAUGUCGGAACCUUCUUGGAUGCGGAUGGGUUUUGGCGUUCUUGUUGUCACUUCCACAGGCGGUGGUGUUCACAACGACUAGCCCUUAUGAGAAUAUUGAUUUCAAACAAUGCGCCACAAUCUUCAUGAUCUUCCUUCACGAGAAGCGUAUCGAGUACCACGAUCCUGCGACCACAGACAUCCGACGAGAACAAAUCGACGAAGAAGCCGCUUCGAUGGAACGAUGGGAGAAGAUGUACGCAAUCAAUCAUUUUCUAUUCGUCUUCUGGAUCCCGUGUAUCGUCAUCAUCGGCAGUUAUAUAGUUGUGUUACUCAUCCUUCAAGGUCAUCUCAAGCAAGACAAGGCAUCAACAUCUUGCUUCAAUUUCCGAGUCAAAUCAUCUGACAUUAUGACUAUCGAUGAGACUCAGUCGACUACGACGAGAUCCCCGACAAGGUCGACUUAUCUACUUCAACAGGAAGAAUCAUUUGCUCUGAGAUCCUCGUCAUCUUACGACUUCGAAUCUCAUAACUCCCACCCAACGCGUCAAGGAUCCAUAAGAUCACGAGCUUCCACUGGUGGAGGAUCAAAGUUCGGAGCAAUGGCAGUGAGCACUAUCCACAGAGCCAAGCAACACGCGAAACGGCAAGCUGCUUUGAUAAUCGUGGCUUAUCUGUGCAUCUGGAGCCCAUAUAAUCUGUUCACAGUGCUUAAUUUGUUCGGGAUGCCGAUUAUGGAAGAGCUCCGACAUUUUCUCAGUUUUCUGAAUGCGGCAAUUUGUGUGAACACUGUAGUGAAUCCAAUUAUUUAUGGUGUAUUCUCAAUGCCACAUAAAUAAAUUCCGGUUACGUGUAAUUUUACGGAUCUCUGUAGAGCCAGAAAUAAUUUAUAAUUUUUGAAGAAAAUUGGCUUUCCUUUUUUAUGUUUAUUAUUUACGAGUAUCUGAACCCUGACUAAUUUGAAAAUUCCGUUCAAAUAAUAUUAUCUGUUCCAUUUUCUGCGGUUCGCGUGUCAUGUGAUUGCUUCCGAAUUAUUCAUGUCAAAAUUUGUAUGCAAUAAAGCAAUUUUUAAAU